CAUUUAUAGUGACACAAAGCAGAACAAUAAAACAUCAGAAAUAUAACGUUAUAAUAUAACGUUCACGUCUUAAAGAAGGAUAUAUAGGAAUUCUUUUCCUUUAGAAAUGUGCAUAUACAACAUGUAUAGGUACUUCUUUAAGAAUUUCAUACAUGAAAACAAUAUGAGUACAAAUUAUUAGCUAUUGCAUCAAUUUGUUGAAAACAAAUAUUAUAUAACAUUUAAGAUGCCACAAGUGGAUGGUGCUGCAAUUUUAAUAUUGAAUAAUCAGAACGGUGCAGCUCUACAUAAUAUUCGUAAUACAAGUAGUUCAACUCGAUCAGUCUUAAGUAAUAACAAUAUGAAUACUGCUAGGAAUAAUAAUAAUCAGAACCCAUUAGUUAAUGUACGAGAUAGAUUGUUUCAUGCAAUAUUUGUUAAGGCUGCAUUAACUUAUGCAAGGACAUUUCCAAGGCCUGUCAGAAGAUUUAUAGAAUUUAUAGUUUUAUUAAAGGCUAUAGUAGCAUUUUUUGUGUUGGCUUAUAUUCACAUAGUAUUUUCACGAACUCCGACAAACUGUCUAGAACAUAUAAGAGAUGAUUGGCCUCGAGAUGGUAUAUUAAGAGUUGAAAUACUUAGAAAUGGAAGAGAGGAUUAUAGUAUAGAAAAAAGUUACGCGAAAGAAGAAAAAUUACGACAAGAAAAAGUUGAUGAUUUAACUAGUGCUUUAGGAAUAUUAACUAGAGAUGGGUUUAUCAAUAUUGAACCAUCUACUGUUGAUGAGGAGCGUGAUACUGCUAAUAUGUCAAAUGAAGGAAGUGAUAACAUAACAUUAUCUGAGGAAGAUGUAGUUAUUGGAGGUGCUACUAUGUCUGAAGGAGAACAAGAUCCAAAUUUAAACAUAAGUAAUACCACAACAAGCUCUCUAUUAUCUACAAAACUCUGGAAUGAAGUGAAUGUAGAUAGUAAAGAAACAUCAGAUGAAAAGAUAGUACCACUAACAAAUGUACAAAAUAAUACUGUGGGACAAGAUACAAAUAAGUCUAGUAAAGAAGAUAUUAUUCAACCUUUGAAAGAGCAGAGUUCUGAAGUUAGAACAGAUGAUGGUUACAUCGUAGAAUAUUCAUUAGAAUAUGGUUUUUUGAGAUUAUCGCCUGUAGCACGACAAAGAUUAAACAUUCCUGUAAAAAUUGUUACUUUGGAUCCUGUUAACGAUAAGUGCUUUGGCGAUGACUUUUCAAGAUUAAUACUCGAUGAAUUCUUAGGGUACGAUGAUUUAUUGAUGGCAAGUAUUAAGACAUUGGCAGAACAUGAAGAUAAUCAAGGUUUUUUACGAAACGUGAUAACUGGAGAGCAUUAUCGAUUUGUAAAUAUGUGGAUGCCCAGAAUUACAUAUCUUGCUGCAUUUGUCAUCAUGAUAAUUUUCACUAUUUCCAUUUCGAUGUUGCUACGGUACUCACAUCAUCAGAUCUUCGUCUUUAUUGUGGAUCUGCUUCAAAUGUUGGAGUUCAACUUAACGGUAACGUUUCCUGCUGCAUCUCUGCUCACAGUGCUCCUGGCUCUUGUCGGUAUGGAGGCAAUUAUGUCCGAGUUUUUCAACGACACCACGACUGCCUUUUACAUCAUUCUGAUGGUCUGGAUUGCUGAUCAGUACGAUGCUAUUUGUUGUCAUACACCGGUUACGAAGAGGCACUGGCUACGAUUCUUCUACCUGUACCACUUCUCCUUCUACGCUUAUCACUACCGAUUCAACGGACAGUACAGCAGUUUGGCCCUUGUCACAUCCUGGCUUUUCAUACAGCACUCUAUGCUCUACUUUUUCCAUCAUUACGAGCUGCCAGUGAUCCUACAGCAGGCACAACUGCAACACCUUCUCUUCCGCAAUCCUCCGCAACCUGGAAUGGCCGAACCUUCGCCCGAGCCUUCGCCUAAUCUGAAUAGGGCACUCACCAGCACCGAACCAUCGUCCGAACCUUCGCCAGUUCAGGAACCAGCGGUUGUCAGAGCGCCAGAACAGACGGAAGGAACAUCUUCACCGACCUCGCCGCAGGUUCAGCCGGAUUCUGCCACUUCCGGUGUCCAGCCAGAGGGAAGCACCGAAACGUUAACAGAAACUUCUUCAAGUAGAGAAGAACAGAGUAACGGAGCGACAACAGAGAGCCCAACGACGUCCACGGCGUCUAGCACGAGCACAGAGACGACGAGCACGGAGGCGAAAACGGUGGUGGCGAUAUCCGGCAUCGGAGCCGCCUCCUCGAAAGCGGGGGACAAUGGAUCAUCCAGCGAUAUUUCUACGUCGGAGAGCUUCGAGGUGAUCGAACCUACGGAGGCGACGCGGAAGGAAACGGCGUCUUGUCAGGACAAGUAGGAACGCUAAAAUGCCUCGAGCCCAUGCCAGUUGCAUAGAGAUCGACGUGUCCAGGGGAAAAGAAGGGAAGGUUGUCAUUUCAACGCGGCUGCAUCUUCGAAACCAGCAAGAUCUUAAGGAGAUCCCGCGCGGAGAGGAAAUUUUCGGUCAGGCGUUAGCGUGUUUCGCAAAGAAAAAGGAAAAAGACCUGAUCGCUAUUUUCCGCCGGUGUAAAAUGUUUAUUUUAUAACUGAUCGAUAUGACCGAAGUGGUGGGGAAUAACUCGCCCUUGGAAGCAGAGAAAGAGUAGCCUGCGGUGCCAGUGGGUGGAUAGGUGUUAGGUUUAAACGAGUAACGAGUAAAUUAGGGGGACUACAAAUUAGUAGUGAUGUGAAACGGGAUAACUGGUUGCUGGAUUUCAUCGCGCAUGAGAUUUCCAGAUCACACGGAGGAUAGACUUCUCUGCUAGUUACAGGUGGACGUGUACGAAAAAGUUGAAAUCUCGAUGGAAAUGCGAGAGGAACGGUCCCCGCGUGUCUGUGUAUAGAUUAGAUGUAGGAUUUUUACCGAGGACUUGAACAGUGAUCGAGCUUACUACGCCUACUACUGUGCGGUCUUGACAUCAGUUGUGUCAACUUUUAGAGUUUUCUAGAGCAGGUGAAUUUUAAACACACACACAGAGUAUGUCUAUUCGUCGAUCGUUUUCUCCAAGGUGCGAUAUCAUUUCACCUUGCUCUCGAGUGUUUCUUAGGGGCGCAACAAGUUGGAGUGCCUUCGGUGAAUAUACCUUCUUUUCCGUUCUCUGUUUCAUUUUUGAUUUUUUUUUUUUUGUCGCGGACGAACACUGGCAAUGCUGAAACAGUGGGCAGCUUGAACAUACUACGUCAGGGGACGGGGGCAUGUUCGAGUUCGUUGCAUUUUUGGUAUAACAAAGUGUGAGAGAGUUUCGUUUCGAUGUAUGUAUCUAUUUCUACUUUUAAGCUAAGCGGACGAUUUUUAAUUAUUCGUUUACAACUGUCUGCAAUCGCGUCCCGACUCCAUCUGGGGAUGGAAGUGACGUUUAUUCGCGCGGCGAGAAGAAUUUUCGCCAAGCGUCGUUACAGACGAAUCGUUAUACGGAUCGAAACGCCGUUUGUACAGUAUAUAAAGCUAGAAUUCUUAAUGUCUCACGGGCAAAUUCUCCAACGUUGUUUCUUAUUAGACUUAACAGAGAAAAAAAAAAACACAAAAAAAAACAAUACAGGUUAAGGGAAUUGUAGUACGCUAGAGAUGAUGUGUCGGUGUCGUGCGAGAUCUUCGAAAAUUCUUGUAACAUUUACACAGGCUUACGAUUAAAAAAAGAGAAAAAUAAAAGACGACGGCCGAACGAAGCGAAGAAUAUUGUAUAUUACUGUAAGUGUAUAUCGUUUUACCUGUUACGUGAAGGCUUCUCACGGUUGGUUAUUGUAAAAAAACAAAAAAAAAAAAAAGAACAAAAUAAUCUUUACUGUAUCAUAUGUCCGAGGUGAAGCAUCGUUGCAGGGAUCGUGCGUGCCUCUGUUAAUUAAUUACGUUUCCCUUUUACACUUCUUCGAGCGAGUUUACCGGCGAGUUUCUUUCUUUCUUUUUAACGUCCGAGGAUCGAACGUCACGUUCAGUUUUUAAUAAGUUAUCGAUCGUAGCGAGUAAGAAUUAAAUUGGUGACAGAAGUUGUAAAGAGCUACUUACCACA